GUGGCCACCAGCACCCGGGAGGCUGAGCAGUACGAGCUCAAUGCCCGCAACCAGGUGACGCUCUGGGGGCCCAGCGGGAACAUCCUGGAUUAUGCCAACAAGCAGCUGGGGGGGCUGGUGCUGGACUACUACGCUGUGCGCUGGAGCCUCUUCGUGUCUGUGCUGGUGGAGAGCCUCAACUCGGGCCGCCCCUUCCACCAGGAGCAGUUCAACCAGGCUGUCUUCCAAGUGGAGAGAGGCUUCAUCUACAACAAGAAGCGUUACCCAGCUGUGCCAGCUGGGGACACCAUGGAGAUCUCCAGGAAGCUGUUCCUCAAAUACUACCCCAGCGCCCUGAGGCGCAGCUCGGCUGGGCCUGCCUGACUCUGGGUUCUGCCUCCGGAGCCUCCCCCAGAGAGGGUGGACAGAGCCCCUGCACCCUCCCCCAUCUGGGCUCCUGGCCUGAUGGCUGUGUCCUGGACGAGGGGCACGGUGGCCCUGGUGGCCCUCAGCCAGCCUGGAUGGGCAGGAUGUGCCCCAAGAGGGGCUGGCACGUGGACAAGGGGCUGGCAGAUGGGUGGGAGCAGGCUGUGCCCCAGGGUCCCAUCGCACCCCACGCUCUGUGCUCAGCUCUGCCCAGCUGCCCUGAGCCUGUUCCCAGGAAACCUGGGCUGGAAGCUUGGCGGGACACUGCAGAGGGACAGGACAAACGUGUCCCUGCUGUGGUGCCUUGGCUGGCUAGCAGGGGCAGUGAUGGGUGAGAAGCAGACAGGGAGGUGGCAGUGGGGAGGGGGACAGAGCAGUAUUGGACCCCAGUGCCUGUGGGGAUGUGGCACUGCAUGGCCCUGCCCACAUUUGGUGCCUUUUGUAUCAUAAAAGACUUUGCAGCAUUGUUGCCUGCGGUGUCGCUGGAUGUCCUCCCCAGGAUGGAGUUUUUGAGGCCUUUUCCACAGCUGGGGCUCGGGCAGAGCCCAGCUAUGGACGGAGCAAAUACAGACUCUUUUCUCCCA